CCAGAAACCAGAGAGAGAAUUGAAUUCUGGGAUGGAAAAUUUAUUCAAAUCUCCAAAGAUUCUUCUUCAUUCUGUUCUUCUCAACCCUAAUUUUUCUCCUCCCAUUCAUCAAUCAGCUUCCGACAUCAUUACAUCUACCCAACCACUCACCACCGGCGACAAAUUAGUAUCCCCGCCGGCCGUUUUUGAAUUAGGGUUCUUCUCUCCAGGAAAUUCAGGGAAACUGUAUGUAGGCAUCUGGUACAAAGACAUACUUCCGACGAGAACAUAUGGUAUAUGUUUCUCAACAGAGACAACCCACUCAGCAAUCAUUCUCAUCAUCAUCUGCAGCCCUACAAAUCGGUAGAGACGGAAAUUUAGUUUUACAGACAAUUCGUCGAACCACCUUAUGGACAUCGACUCGAACUCGACAACUUCGCCCAAUACUGUUGCUCAGCUGGUAGACUCAGGAAAUCUCAUUCUCAGAUCAGAAAAUAAUGUCGACCCACAGAUUAUAUCUGGCAAAGCUUCGAUCAUCCAACUGAUACACGUCUUCCAGGAAUGAAACUGGGUUGGGAUUUAAAAACAGGGAUAAAUCGAAUCCUAAGACCAUGGAAAUCUCCCGACGAUCCUUCCACCGGAGAUUAUUCCUUCAAACUAAACAUUAACGGAUCCCCGGAAGCUUUCUAUGGAGUAAUAACAAACAAAGGAAGAUUUACGGUAGCGGUUCAUGGAAUGGAGAAGGAUUUAACGGCGUACCUGGUAUGUAAAUCAAAACGACGUAAUUCAGUUCAUCUUUGUUUAUGAUUCAACCGAAGUAGCUUAUUCAUUCUUACUUCUAAACGAAUCACUCUAUUCCCGAUUAACGGUAAAACCCAUCCGGCGUUCUGCAAAGGUUAACCUGGAUUGAAACCACCGGCGCGUGGAGAGUAUUCUGGUACGCGCCGGCGGAUCAGUGUGAUAACUAUAUGGAAAUGUGGAGUUUAAUGGGAUUUGUGAUACGAAUUCAUCGCCGUAUGUAAUUGUCCGAAAGGGUGUCAACCCGAAAAAUGAACAGGCUUGGAGUUUGAGAGACGGGUCGGGUGGGUGUGAGAGAAUGGAUAACUGAAUUGUAAUGAUGAUGGGUUUUUAAUUGUUGAAUAAUAUGAAGAUGCCGAUAGCUCGUCGGCUUAUGUCAAUGAGAAGAUGAGUUGGCUGAAUGUGAAGUGGGUUGUCGGAUUAAUUGUUUGUGUAUGGGUUAUGGUUAUAUGGAUAUUCGUGGAAAUGGGUCGGGUUGUGUAAUGUGGACGGGUGACUUGAUUGAUAGAACGGUAUACGGCUUUGGAAGGUGGCCAAGAUUUCUACUUGAGGGUUUCGGUUCAGAUGUAGACCGAUCCAACAAUACAAGAAAUAUAGGAUCUCAGAAACAGAUUGAUGGCAAGAAGAAAGGCAAAACCAUUCUCAUUGUGAGCUUUUAGUUGGUUUAGUGUUGUAUUAAUUGCACUCCUUCUAUGCUUUGCUUGGAAGAAGAGAUCAAGAAGGCUCAAAAUGCAAACAUUGUUUCACAUUCUAGAGUUUCGCGCGAAGAAGUCAAGAUAUGUUAUUUCCCGGAGGUGUCAUAGUGAGCAAGAGAGAAUACUCAGGGGAAAACACAAUCGACGAAGAACUAGACCUACCCUUGUUCGAUCUCGGUACCAUAACCGUCGCCACAAGCAAUUUUUCGGACGCGAAUAAACUCGGGCAGGGCGGGUUUGGAUGCGUUUACAAGGGUUUGUUAAUAGAUGGGCAGAUAAUUGCUGUCAAAAGACUCUCAAAGAAUUCAGGGCAGGGAGUAGAAGAGUUCAAGAAUGAAAUGAGACUGAUUGCCAAACUUCAGCACCGAAACCUGGUUCGUCUCCUUGGUUGUUGUAUCGUUGAAGAGAAGAUGUUGAUAUACGAAUACAUGGAGAAAAGCCUUGACUCUUUUAUAUUCAGUAGGGGAAGUCAUGCUUUGCUGGAUUGCGAAAGACGGUUCAGUAUCAUUUGUGGCAUAGCUAGAGGACUUCUUUAUCUUCCAGAUUCGCGGUUUAGGAUUAUCCAUAGAGAUUUGAAAGCAAGUAAUGUAUUGCUUGAUAAAGAUAAACCGAAAAUAUCAGACUUUGGCAUGGCAAGAAUCUUUGGCACUGAUCAAACUGAGGCAAAUACUAGGAGAGUCGUGGGGACAUACGGUUAUAUGUCUCCAGAAUAUGCGAUGGAUGGACUCUUCUCAGUAAAAUCUGAUGUUUUUAGUUUCGGUGUUCUUGUGCUGGAGAUACUAAGUGGGAAGAAGAAUAGAGGAUUCUACUAUGAAAAUAGCAACUUAUUACUCCUUGGACAUGCUUGGAGGCUAUGGAGAGAAGGGAAGGCGAUGGAACUGGUGGAUUCUUCAGGUCCGAGAUUCUUAUUUGGACAAGAGCUAACGCUAAUGCGAUGUAUACAGGUCGGGUUACUUUGCGUGCAGGAACGAGCAGAAGAUAGGCCAACCAUUGGCAAACGUGGUCCUUAUGUUGAGUAGCGAACAACGUUGUUGCCUCAGCCAAAACAACCCGGCUUUUGCCUUGGAAGACAAUACAACCAGGGUCAAGCCGAAACUUCUUCGAGUAUGAUGGAGGAAUCAUGUAGUUGUCAAUCAUGUUACAGUUACAAUCCUAGAUGGCAGAUAGUUAGUUAGUUGUCAAUUAAGUUAUAUAAAAUGUUAUAGUAAAACACAAUUUUUUUUGUUGUUUGUACAUUAAUUCAUAGUGUCUUGUUGUUUGCUCUU